GCACCUUUCCAGCUCAUCUGUGACAGGACGCCUCCAGGUUUCGAUGCGUAUCCAGAGCGUUUGGGGCGGCUGCAGCUGCCCGUGUUCGCUCUGAUAAAACUCAUUUCUGUGCCUUUUUACAGAUUGUACGUUUGGACCAAACGACAGCGAUGGGGACGUGGAUAUUUCCGUUGACUUUUGCGUGUUUGGCUCUCGUCUCGGGGGUUCGCUGCAUCACUGUGGUCAUCCCUCAGGUUAAGUAUGAGUUCGCUCGUGGAGACAACAUCACUCUUCCCUGCACUUUUCAGUCUAAAAUCACCAACCCCAGCCUCAUCAUCGUCACCUGGACCGCCGAGGGGGUCAACGGAGCAGACGAUGUGGUGAUACUGACCCAUUACUCACUCAACGGCAGGACGGACUACAUUGCUGCUUACGAGAACCGCGCGAAACUGGACGUGGACAUUCAAACUGGAAAGGUCAACCUCAAGCUCUUCUCCAUCUCUCUAGACGAUAACAGGCGUUUUGUUUGCCGACUGCAAAUACCCGGAGAUGGUGAAGGAACGCCGGCCGACACGGUGGAACUGGUGGUUCUGGUGGCUCCGUCUCCUCCCAUCUGUAAGGUAGAGGGCAGAGCUGAGUACGGCCAGAACAUAAACCUGACCUGUCGCUCCGAGGAGGGCUCCCCACCCCCCACCUACAAAUGGGAGAACAGGAACGUCAACAACGUCCCGCGCAUGAACGAGCCACGGACCACAGACAAGGGAGGAAUCCUGUCCCUGUACAACAUUUCCAAAGACACCUCUGGAUUCUACAUCUGCACCUCCACCAACAAGAUCCGCUCCGCCUCCUGCAACCUCACGCUCGCCGUCAUGCCACCGUCGAUGUUGGGCUCUGUGGGGCAGACGGCUGGGAUCAUUGCCGGAGUGGUGGCCGCCCUCUUGAUCAUCAUCAUCAUCGUCUACUGCUGCUGCUGCAAGAAGAAGGACAAGGACGAGGAGUACACCAUGGGGAGGGUGGAGGCGGAGGACUACCACGACAAAGAGCCCACUGAGAAUGGCGAGCAUCGUGCAGCUCGAGACGACGAGCGCAACGAGCGAGACACCAGGGAGCACCGCGACCACGACGACCGCCACAGCGACUAUGACGACCCCCGUAGCGACUACGACGAUCGCCGUAGCGACUACACUGAACGACGCAGCGACUACGAUGACCACCGCAGUGACUAUGACCGCCGGGAUCGAUAUGACAAUGACCGCAGAGACCGCCGUUAUGAUGAUGACCGCAGAGACCGUCGCUAUGACGAUGACCGUCGCUAUGACAGCCGAGACCGUCGCUAUGAUGAUGAGGAGUACGACGACAGACCCGCGCCUCCUGCAAACAAACCUCCGAGACGAGACUACGACGACUAAAGCCACCUACAGGUAACUCUGUGUAAGACUGUAGUCAUUUAACUCCAGCCAAAUCUGUGAUUGCGCCUCAAAGAAACUAAAGAUGUCCCACUGCAGACGGAGGUCACGACGGCUCUGAGCCACCACACGACAGAGGAGCCGCUCGGACUCACUGUACAUACAGGCGUGUGGAUCAGGUGACUGUGGCCUCCAGGACGCCACGUGACCCUGAUACUACAAAGCCUCAAUGUUUGAUUCAUGUUUGAUUCAUGUUUGAUUCAUGUUUGAUUCAUUGUUCACUUGUUUUUUUGUUUUCAUUAUGUUGUUAACCAGGAGGAUUGAUAGACUGUACAUAUAAAUGGGCACAGCUAAUGCGCUCACCGCCGCGUUUCAGGGAGAUGAACGGGCACUUCAGCUCCAUCGACUCACUUUAAUCUCAAUUCACUUUACAUGGAAAAAUGGUCACCCCUCUCUCUGUACCUGCUACUGUCAGACUCAUCAUUUUGGUCUUAAAUGUUCAUAUUAACCAUCUACAUGAUCCUGGGGUUUUUAUUUCAUUAUUUUGAAAUAUGUUUUCCAUGAUUAGCGACAGGUUUGAUUGACGUCGUUGCUAAGCGCAUAAGGGGCGUGACCUUCAACAGCCUCGCUCCUGAUUGGCUCUUUCAUUUGGACUGAACGCUGUGGUGACGUCACACUCAGUCUGUGACCUGCCAUUAUAAUAAAAGAUCUUUUUAAGGAACAUCAUGGAACAAAAUUAAAUGUGUCGUAAUGAAAUGUGGUGAAAUUUACUUUUAUCGUUGUUUUAUACGUAAAAACAUGUGCGACUCUUCUGCCGUGUACAGGACUGUCCCAGUGUUUUGUCUGGCUGUAUAAACAUGUUAGCUUCAAAUGUAAAUCUGCAGGUUCAUAUUUUGUGAUAUUUUUGUUAUUUUUGGGGCUUUGGGGCUGGAUGAUGUCAUGAUGUUGUAAAUAGCUUGAUGGAAAGCACCUGGAUUUCUGUUCCUUUUUACACUGUUACAGAAACAGAUGUUACCACUGAUAAAACUGAAUAAAACUAAGCUCUUUGUCAUUUAAAAAAAAGACUUUUAAAGAAAUAAAGUUAUAUUUUAUCACCCUG